AUGUCCAAAUUUAGUCAUCACCGAGAUGCAACACAAGCAGUGGCACAAAAUGAUGAACACGUCGAACACGAGAACGAAAAGGAAACUACUGCGGAUAAGAAGUUAGACGGGCCGGAGUUUACGUAUAAUUUACCAGCUCUGGGGUCACAUCAGAUAAGGGAUAAGGAACCACCGUUUGCUGUCGGCCCUAAUGAUCCCAGGUACUACGGAGAGGAGGUGCACAAUUCGAAAGUUGGCGGAAAUGAUGACCAACCAUUAGACCUGAAUUCCAAAUUCGAACCAUUCUCCGAUUACUCUCUUUUCGACCAAGGCGUUAAAAUGACAAAACUGAUCCGAAAAAGGCCCUUGGAAGACGAUGGUCCAACCCUGUAUGUUGUAGCAAUGGUAGCCGGUAUAAGUGCAGCAGCUACCGUUGGACUGGUAGCUUUCGGUAUCGGAUGGUUACAAAAACGGUCCAAGUUGGCCCAAGAUGCAGAAUAUCCGGCGUACGGCGUCACAGGGCCAAAUGUUAAAGACCCGAAUCAGGGUGGGCCUUUGCAAAGUCCUGCUUCAUUAAAUUUAGCUGAUAAACGACUGGCCCAAAGUGCGCAGCUGUAUCAUUAUCAUCAUCAGAAACAGCAGAUUUUGGCCAUGGAGAAUCGUUUAGAACCAUCACAAGUUCAUAACCAAUCUGAUCCUGAAAGUGAUGAAGAAAACGAUGAAGGAGAUUACACAGUAUACGAGUGCCCAGGACUGGCUUCUACUGGUGAAAUGGAAGUAAAGAACCCAAUGUUCUUAGACGAACCAACCCCUGCGACACCAAACGAACAAAAUAAAAGUUCUCCGAAAGAUAAAAAUUGA